GGCAGCCCGUGCAGAGGAGGCGAGGCGGAUGGAGGGGUGCCUGAAUGAGGGAAAGCUAGCAGAGGAGAAAAUAAGGUCAAUGGCUGUGAGGCUGCACACAGAAGUGUCAGAGCUCAGGAGGAAUCUUCAGCAGGCUGUCGAUCACAAACUCAGGGCAGAGCGAGAGAAACAGGAUGCCCAGGAAGAGGUGGACACCCUCCUGUCAGAGCUGGAGAGGACGCGGUCUGACAAGGCAAACCUACGCCAUGAGAGCCAGUUGGUCAUGACGAAUGUCAACCGUUGGAUUACUGAACAAAAGGCUUCCAACGAGAGCCUCGGUGCCCAGCUGAAGGCCCAGAACAAGCUGCUGCUCAUCGUCACUGGAGAGAAGGAACAUCUUCAAGACUCUAAUGACACAUUGAAGGCGGAGGUAAAGCGACUGAAAGAAGUGGGGGAUGAGAAGUCGAGAGACAUGGAGCGCUUCAAGGCCUGGAUCCGAGACCUGGCCAUCCCGCAAGAAGAGAGAACCAUGGAACAGCAGGGUCGUGUGGCUCUAAACCUCAGCAGAAUCGAGGACAUGCAGACUAGACUUCGAAGCAAUCUGGAGGCCAUCAGAAUGCUAAAUCAACAAUUAAACUCUCUCAGCAUGGAGAAUAAGCGGUUGCGUGGGCAGCUGGAGGAGGAGAGGUCCAUGCGUAGACAAGUGGAGCGACUGCUCCCUCCUCCUCCCACCUUCCAGCAGAGCUCCAUCGUCCACCUCCCCCUCUCCCCCAGUGCCCGCCCAGCUCCUCUCUCCACCUCCUUGUUCUCAUCCGCCCACCUCCCUCAUCCCCUGAGCCUGGACCAAGCGACAGGGGACACUGAUGUGAUUCUAACCCAAACCAAGCUGAGCGGAACUGGGCUAGAGAGAUCAGGUGAGUCCGAGGUGCUCUGGUUUAAGCCCAGCGCCUCACUGGAAAAUGCUUGGUCUGGGAAGACAAGCAGGGAUCUGAACAAAUGAAGCCCCCUGAAGACUUUGACCUUUCAUGACCUUUUGAACUCCACCUCCUCACCAGGGAGUGUAGUCAGUAUGAGGUUAAUGUCCUGCAGGUCAAAGUCAACUCCCAGGGUGAUUUUUGCCUGAGGGGGGACUCCUGAACCAGCGAACCACGGAAUUCCCUCAAAUCAUCAAAAGAAUAUC